AUGGCCGAAAUGGAUGUAUUACAAUCAAAGAUUAUCCAACAAAUCGAAGCUUAUUUAACUGAAGAUAAUCUUAGAAAUGAUUAUAAAUUAGCUAAAUAUGAACAUGAAAAUGAUGGUUGGAUACCAAUUGAAGAUUUAAAUCAAUUUAAUAAAUUAUCAACAUAUAAAUAUGAUACAAUUCUUAAUGCAAUAAAUUCAAAACGAUCAAAUAUUAUUGAAUUAAAUUUAUGUGAACCAAUAUGUAUACGUCGUCGACGUCAACCUUUAAUAGAAUCAACAUUUGAACAAAAUCCAUAUUUAUAUCAAACUGUUGUUGUUAAUGGUUUACCACGUGAUGUUAAACAUGAAGAAUUAAUGGAAUUUUUCAAUCGUUUUUAUCCUGUUUAUAAAAUCAAAAUGCUUUCAUCAACACGAACAACAAAUUCUUUUAGUGGAAAAAUUCAUGUGAUAUUUGAAAAAAGUCAAGAUGCUUUCACAUUUGUUCAAAGAUCAGAAUUUACAUCAAUUAUAUAUGUAAAUGAUUAUGUACUUCAAUUAUGUAAUGGUUAUACACUUGUCUGUAAAUUAUUAGUUGAUUGUGAUGAUCGAGAUCAACUUGAUUUAAUCAAACAAACAGAACAAUUACGUUUUCGUAAUGGACAAUCAUUUUCUCAUCGACUUGCCAGUUGUCCACUACGUGUUUCUUUCAAUACAAAUGUUUCAUUAUCAAAAAAUGAUGAUGGUAAUGAAUUAGUAUUUAUUUCAUUCAGAGAUGGG